UUUAUAUUUUAACAGAAUACUUAUCGCAUAUCUGACGAGAUUCCUUUUCUUUCCUAUGUAAAUUAGAGAUAGGUAAGUCGAACCAUUUCUCCAAAAUGAUGGGCGCCCGGCCGAUGAGAGCAUGUCAUAGAACCUUCAACAUGACGCAAUCUUCCGACAACGGCGGCAAGCAGACCUUCCCCCUUCCAGCGGAGCAGUUCAGGCCCCUUCAGUCCAUAUUCCGUCGGCGGCUGCUCAACGGAAUCGGCGCCGCUUCUCUACUGGCCGUCGGCGCCAAUCUGGGGGGCGUAUCGAGCUUCCUACUGAGCUUCUCGCCGGAGGCUUCUCGGAGCCUCAAGCUCGACGCGCUUUAUCCGAUCGGCGGCUACAGCCGGUACAUAGAUACGAAUGAGGGAUUUGAAUUUGUGUAUCCGGAGAGUUGGUUAGGGGAUCAGACGGUGCUGUACAGAGCAGCUGGAAAGGCGGAGAAGCCGGUGGAUGCUCCGCCUCUGGGUGGUGGUGGUCGGCGGCGGAGGAAGGUGAAUGAGCCAGUGGUAGCUUUCGGUCCGCCGGGGUCCACGGGAGAGCUGAAUGUCAGCGUGAUUGUAUCGACCGUCCCCAUCGACUUCUCUUGGCUAGUUGUAUUCACGUGGUUCAUCUAUGAGAUUAUAAGUUGUCACCAUUAUUUAGUAUAUGAUUGUACGAAUACGCCUUCUCAGGAGUAUAGCUCCAAGUCUAAAAAUGUUCAUCAAGAAGGAUCCAGCCUUUACAAUAUAGCAAAUUCAACUGUAAAUCCUGAGCCAUGGUGGAAUAAUACGGGCUAUGGUUCAUUUUCCCAUACAUUAAUGCGUGGAAAUGGGUCUGACUCGUCAUCCCUUGAACAAUCUGUGGAUGCUCAUUCCCUGUCUGAAGGUGGAGUUAAUGAGGAAGAUAAUACUCAGAAAAAAUCACCCAACGCUAAUCGACUCCACUCAGAUAGAAUCUAUAGGCCGGAGGAUUCGAAUCUCCAGCAAGUUGAGCAAUCCUUAAAUCCAGGACCUGUUGGAAGCCUUACACAGCCAGCACAACUCGAACUUGUUGGCCACUCAAUUGCCUGCGCUUCAAAUCCUUACGAUCCACAUUAUGGGAGAAUGCUGGCAGCUUAUGGCCAACCUAUGUUGUAUGAUUUGCAUCAAGUGAGGAUGCCACUGCCUCUAGAAGUGGCACAGGAGCCAGUUUACGUGAAUGCCAAGCAAUAUCAUGGUAUACUGCGUAGGCGUCAAUCGCGCGCCAAAGCCGAGCUGGAGAAGAAACUCAUAAAAUCUCGAAAGACAAGAGGCUCAGGUGGCCGUUUUGCCAAGAAAUCUGAUGGAGACACUUCUAAGGCCUCAGAAAACACCAAAUCCAUUGACACAUCAAGAUCAGAGCCUAUGUAUGAGAUUCAGUCAAACCAUGCACUCGCCAUGCAAUGA